CUGAACUAUUUGGAGGCUUCCACACUUCUGUUCUGUAUCUGAUGAUGUAGAGCAACAUCACAGACAGACUGGAGAGUUAUUUAGUGGAUUCUUUUGAAGAAUGUUGCUGCUGUGAGAUGGAUGACUUGGACUUCCAGUCAGGACAGAGAGAGCUGGACCAGAGAUCAGCGUAGAGACUAAACCCUCCAUGGCAGCAUGAGUGAGGCCGUGCUGCAGAGCUGUGGGGACGCUGGUUCCUGCAGCAGCAGUCAGCCAGCCAGGCUGAAACCAGCCUCAGGGUCCGGAUCGCCCUGCGGAUCCCCCCGACACUCUCCAAGAAACUCCCCCCGACACUCUCCUAGAAACUCCCCCCGACACUCUCCUCUGCUGCUCCGCAAGCUGCUGAUGAACCGAGGCGUCGGCCUGCAGAGACGCUUCACCCUGGCUCACACUCCCAGUUUUGAUGUGGAGAAUGGCCUCUCGGUGGGUCGCAGCCCCCUGGACCCCCAGACCAGUCCUGGUUCUGGUCUGGUGCUGCAGGCCAACUUCCCCCACAGCCAGCGCCGCGAGUCCUUCCUCUACCGCUCCGACUCCGACUUCGACCUGUCGCCCAAAACCAUGUCCCGAAACUCCUCCACCGCCAGCGACCUGGAGGAGGGAUUGAAGCAUUGGGAAGUCAAUUGGCUACCUCGGCAUGGAGAAGACAUGAUAGUGACUCCUUUUGCACAGGUGCUCGCCAGCCUACGAACAGUGAGAAGUAACUUUGCUGUUCUGACACAUCUGCAGGAACGUGUAGCAAACAAGAGGCCCACCAGCAGAGAGCAGCCGUCCAUGUGUAAGCCAUGUCUCACAGAGGAGCCCUACCAGAAGCUGGCGGUGGAGACGCUGGAGGAGCUGGACUGGUGUCUGGACCAGCUGGAGACGCUGCAGACCAGACACUCAGUGGGAGAUAUGGCCUCCAAUAAGUUUAAGAGGAUGCUGAACCGCGAGCUGACUCAGCUGUCAGAGACGAGUCGCUCAGGGAACCAGGUGUCAGAGUUCAUCACCAACACCUUCCUCGAGAAACAACAUGACGUGGAGAUCCUGUCCCCGCCGUCUAAGGAGAAGGAGAAGAAGAAGAGGCCCAUGUCCCAGAUCAUCGGGGUGAAGAAGGUCACCCAGAGCCCCGGCCUAGCCCCCGCAUGCAUCCCUCGCUUUGGAGUCAGCACGCCACACGAGAGCCUGCUGGCCAAGGAGGUUGAGGACAUUAAUCGUUGGGGUCUGGAUAUAUUCAAGAUAGCAGAAUUUUCUGGCAACCGCCCUCUGACGGUGAUCAUGUACUCCAUCUUCCAGGAGCGAGACCUUCUGAAAACCUUUAAGAUCCCAGAUGACACCUUCAUCACAUUGAUGAUGACCCUGGAGGACCACUACCACGCAGACGUAGCGUACCACAACAACAUCCAUGCAGCUGACGUGGUCCAGUCCACCCACGUGCUGCUGUCCACCCCCGCCUUAGAGGCGGUGUUCACAGACCUGGAGAUCAUGGCGGUUCUGUUUGCUAGUGCCAUCCAUGAUGUGGACCACCCGGGAGUCACCAACCAGUUCCUCAUAAACACCAGUUCGGAGCUGGCGCUAAUGUACAACGAUGCCUCGGUGCUGGAGAACCACCACCUCGCUGUGGGCUUCAAGCUGCUGCAAGAAGACAACUGUGACAUCUUCCAAAACCUCACCAAGAAACAGAGAGACUCUCUCCGGAAGAUGGUGAUCGAUAUGGUGCUUGCCACAGAUAUGUCCAAACACAUCGACUUCUUGGGCGGCAUGAAGACGAUGGUGGAGACCAAAAAGGUGACGAGUCUGGGAGUCCUGCUGCUAGACAACUACUCCGACCGCAUCCAGGUUCUGCAGAACAUGGUCCACUGUGCUGACCUGAGCAACCCCACCAAGCCUCUGGAGCUGUACCGCCAGUGGACGGAGCGCAUCAUGAGGGAGUUCUUCACCCAGGGAGACCGGGAGCGGGACAAAGGCAUGGAGAUCAGCGCCAUGUGUGACAAACACAACGCCUCCAUAGAGAAGACCCAGGUGGGCUUCAUAGACUUCAUCGUGCACCCCCUGUGGGAGACGUGGGCGGACCUGGUCCACCCUGACGCUCAGGACAUCCUGGACACGCUGGAGGACAACAGGGAGUGGUACCAGAGCAUGAUCCCCCGCAGCCCCUCGCCCUCCAGCCCCGAGGAGCGCCACCUGGAGGCCAUACCAGGAGCUGUGGGAGCAGGAGGCGCCGUCCCUUCAGGAGGAGGAGGAGGAGGAGACAAGUUCCAGUUUGAACUGACUCUGGAGGAGGAAGAGGAGGAUGAGGGGGAGCUGGAUUCUGACCUGGAGAGCCCCCUGGAUGAGGAGUCCCAGUCCGGGGGGGAGCGGCACCGGGACUCCUCCUCCCCCUCCUUGUCCCCGGACCCCCGCAGCAGCAGGUACCGCCCCCCCUCGCCCCACCCCUCCAGAAACCUGAACCUGGCCGCCAUGUCGGUGCGGAGUCCCCACAGGACCCUGGCGUCCCCGGGGCGCGAGGGUCCCGACAGAGACAGAGACCUGAGCCAGGAGGGGGACGGGGUGGCCUGCCUCCGCAUGGGAACGUAACAACCAGCACAACCUGCCCCGCCCGC